AUGAGGCACAUCGUGUGUGUAAUUACACUUUUCGGCAUCGCUUUGACGGCCGCUUCGUCUUUGGUUCCGGAGCUGAGCACAUGGGCUGAGGAUCGUUACAUUCAGUGAGUUUUUUUUUUAGAUUUUGGAUGGAACUGGGACUGAUUGUUUAGGUGUGUGCACUGCAUGGAUUAUGAUCGGAGUCACAUCUCCCUGUUCGGAUGCAAACCCAGACGCCCUAUUCUGUGCAAUGGCAACGCUUGCUUUAUGCGUGAGUAUUUAUUUUUUAUUUUUUUCUUUCUCACCUUAAGUCAUAGGAUUCCACAAGGAUCACGCAAGACCAUCCGUCAUGUACACGAGCGGGUGCCUGAAUCUGACCAACUCGGAAAUGAGAGCCAUCUCGGUUGCCCAAAAAAAGUUGUUUGUAUUUUUUAUUCUUCUGAACGAAUAAAUCAAUUUCAGCUCAGAGGAAUCGGGAAACCCAUACGGUACACUGCUCUGUGAAGUUAGUCGAUUUCAAAGCACAUUAUAUUGAGAAUAUUUAUAAUUUUCAGCUAGCCGAGAGAACUGAUACGUGCAUAUGCUCAAAUAUGGACAAAUGUAACUUUAUCAAUCUCUCUCCAGAUUUCAGGUGACUUUUUCUUCUCCACCUGCUUCAGUUCAGUUCAUAUUUUUCAUUUCAGUGAAUACAACCAGACACCUCUCCUUCAAAACGUUGGGAUUAACGAGGAGAAUCACAUGAAGAUGUUUCUGCCGCACGAAUACAGAAGAAUCUUCUACCCCGCGUCGUCCCCUGAGGACAGCUCGGACAAACUUCGCAUUUUCUGGAUAAUUUGUAUCUUUUUCUCCUUUAUUCACCGCCUCGUCCAUCUUCAAUAUUGA